CUCAGAGUUGCGCGCGGGCCGUGGGGCGGUGCUGAGGCGUGGAGGCCGCGGCCAGCUCGACGCCCGGACUGCCCAGCAGCGAGCGGAGCGCAGCGCAGGAGCCCGAAGCCAGAGCAGCCCCGGAGCCGGAGCCGCCGCCGCCGCAGCCGCUCCGAGCCGACCAUGGCGCUGUCGAUGCCGCUGAACGGGCUGAAGGAGGAGGACAAAGAGCCCCUCAUCGAGCUCUUCGUCAAGGCUGGCAGCGAUGGUGAGAGCAUAGGAAACUGCCCCUUUUCCCAGAGGCUCUUCAUGAUUCUUUGGCUCAAAGGAGUUGUAUUUAGUGUCACCACUGUUGACCUGAAAAGGAAGCCAGCAGACCUGCAGAACUUGGCUCCUGGGACCCACCCACCAUUUAUAACUUUCAACAGUGAAGUAAAAACAGACGUAAAUAAGAUUGAGGAAUUUCUUGAGGAAGUCUUAUGCCCUCCCAAGUACUUAAAGCUGUCGCCCAAACACCCAGAAUCAAAUACUGCUGGAAUGGACAUCUUUGCCAAAUUCUCUGCUUAUAUCAAGAAUUCACGGCCAGAGGCCAAUGAAGCGCUGGAGAGGGGGCUGUUGAAAACACUGCAGAAACUGGAUGAGUACCUGAACUCCCCGCUCCCCGACGAGAUCGACGAGAACAGUAUGGAGGACAUCAAGUUUUCCACACGGAAAUUUCUGGAUGGUAAUGAAAUGACACUGGCUGAUUGCAACCUGCUGCCCAAGCUGCACAUCGUCAAGGUGGUGGCUAAAAAGUACCGCAACUUCGACAUCCCCAAAAGCAUGACGGGCAUCUGGCGGUACCUGACCAACGCCUCCAGCAGAGACGAGUUCACCAACACCUGCCCGAGCGACAAGGAGGUGGAGAUCGCCUACAGCGACGUCGCCAAAAGACUGAGCAAGUAGAGCCGUGCUCGCGAGACGUCUCCAGACCCCUCCCACGCGCGUGCUUUCCUCACGGACUGCCCUCCUGUCUGCAGUAGAGAUGCGUUUUGCAUGAACACGCACUUAUUCACGAUUAGGAUCAUGGAUAGACAAGGUGCAGUAGUUGGUCUGACAACACACACUCCUAAGCAGUAUUACCAUCCAGCCCCGCCGCCCCUGCCCACCGCCUCGGCCUCUGACCCGGACACACUCCAUCGCAAGCUCAUCUGUGCCCGAGGAGCCACGUGUAGCUUGAAUAGAAGCCAUGAUGCCAGUCACCCCCCUCCCCCUCCCCCUCGCAUGCGCCUGGCCUCG